AUGGUGAUUUGGUAUGAAAUUUUGUUUGCUUUUAAUAGGGUUAGCAAAGUGCUGCAGUCUCAUGAUAUGCAAAUUAGUGUUGCUAUAGCUGAAGUAAAAGAUGCAAUAAUUACUGCUAAAGAAAUUGCUGCUGCAUUAGAUGUUGAUCCUGUUUUUCCGGAAAAGCGUCAAAUUCAAAGAAAAAGAUUUUUUGAUGAAAGCGGCAAUGAGCCAUCUCCAUCAUCUUCAAGUGAGGAAUCUUUUAGACUACAUUAUUUCUUAUAUAUUAUAGAUCAAGCUAAGGGGUCAUUAAAUAGAAGGUUUGAACAAUACCAACGUUAUGAUGAUAUCUUUGGAUUUUUAUUCACUUCUGAAACUUUGAAUUCCUUGAAUGAUAAUGAUUUGAAAGCUGCUUGUAUUCAUCUUGAGACUGUUUUGAGAUAUGGAGAGAGUUCAGAUGUUGAUGGGGAAGACAUGUUUAGAGAGCUAAAACUCUUAAGGGAGAUAUUACCCAAACAGAAGAUGACAGCUAGUGAUAUAUUGAAUUUCUUACAUGAAAGGAAUACAUGCCCUGUUGUUAGACUUGCAUAUCGAAUAUUGUUAACUGUGCCUGUUACUGUUGCUUCAGCUGAGAGGAGUUUUUCCAAGUUAAAGUUAUUGAAGUCUUAUUUGCGAUCAACUAUGUCACAAGAAAGGCUAAAUGGACUUGCUUUGAUUUCGAUUGAGAAUGAAUAUCUUGGAAAAAUCAAUUGUGAUAAGCUAAUUGAUCAGUUUGCAGGGAAGAAGGCAAGGAGAUGGAUUUUCAAAUGA